GUUAUGUCCUAAAAUAUUUGUGAUUUUUUUUGCAACCUAUUCUAUUCUGUUAUUCCAUGAUACUAUUGUUACAUGAUGCGACUCCUCUGUUAUUAUAGACAAUAUAAUAGUAAGUCAGUUUAUCUUCUUGUGUUUAUUCGUUGUGUUUAUAAGUGUUUCAUUAUUUGAAAUCAUAAUUUAGUAUUUUUGGGGGUAUUUUUUUUUUAUUUUUAUGGCUACCCUUUGUUUUGAUAUUCCAACCCAUAAAUAUCUUCCUUUUUUUGACAUUGUGCUCAGACAUCAGUGAAUGUGUUGUUUUCUUCUCUACAUUUUAAAGGUUGGUGCUUUGGUAUUAAUAGAAGAAAUUUCAGGGACAAAAAAUAAAAAACGAAAAAAACACACAGAUCCAAACAAAGAACUGGAGGCAUCCCGAGCACUGAACGUACAGCACAUAUCUCCCACACAUUCUCUCCACAGUGAUUAAUGCCAGUCUGAAAGGAGGCAGAGAUGGCUGUUGCUAGGAUACAUGGCAAGGUGAAGUGCAGACGAUUUAAAGAAAGAGAGAGGAGGGCAUUGCUGACAGAGCAUGGCAUCACUGGCAAUGGCUUUUUGUUUUCUGUCUUUCUUUCUUUUAUUUUGAUUUUUUUUAUGAUUUUUUGCACAAAUCAUAGCAGACGGCUUUAUGAUUUGUCUCUACUUUUACCUGGAAACAGGAUGCAAUGGUUGGCGGUAAUCGAAGGCCCAAACCUGUCUAAGAGAGCCCUAUGAACAGCAGACCCAAUGGACAUCAAAGGCCAGUGCUGGACAGACGAGGAGUCCGAUGGGGAGAACGAACCUGAGCAGUUCCUUUAUGGUAUCCAGUGCUGCUUGUUGCAGGGGAGCUGUGCUGCUGACCUGUACCGCCAUCCACAACUAGACGCAGACAUCGAGGCCGUGAAAGACAUCUACACAGACAGCGCCAUUUCUGUCAGGGAGUAUGGGACCAUCGACGACGUGGACAUCGAUCUUCACAUCAACAUCAGUUUCUUAGAUGAGGAGGUUGCAACAGCAUGGAAAGUCAUCAGAACAGAGCCGAUCAUUCUGAGACUUCGCUUUUCUCUUUCUCAGUACCUCGAUGGACCCGAGCCAUCAGUAGAAGUAUUUCAGCCUUCAAACAAAGAGGGCUUCAGCCUCGGCUUGCAACUUAAAAAGAUCCUGACGACAUUCACCUCCCAGCAGUGGAAGCACCUCAGUAAUGAGUUCCUCAAGGCCCAGCAGGAGAAGAGGCACAGCUGGUUCAAAGCUGGAGGAACCAUCAAGAAGUUCCGAGCCGGGCUUAGCAUUUUCUCUCCCAUUCCCAAGUCUCCAAGUUUUCCUCUGAUCCAAGACACAGUUUUAAAAGGGAAGCUGAGUGUCCCUGAGCUGAGAGUGACCCGCCUAAUGAACCGCUCCAUCUCGUGUACCAUGAAAAACCCCAAAGGGGAGCUCUUCAGCUAUCCACCAAAUAGCCAGACUGUGGCUGUCCCAGCGGCCAGGGCCCCCGCGCAGAUUACCACGAGGCAGCUGAUUGAAUUGUUUUUUUCAUCCCAGGCGGGCGGACACUGCAAGAACAUCCCUACUUUGGAGUAUGGCUUCUUGGUGCAGAUAAUGAAGUAUUCAGAACAGAGAAUUCCCACUCUGAAUGAGUACUGUGUGGUCUGCGACGAGCAGCACGUCUUUCAGAACGGAUCCAUGCUGAAGCCUGCUGUGUGCACUCGAGAACUGUGUGUAUUCUCCUUCUAUACUCUCGGUGUGAUGUCUGGAGCUGCAGAGGAAGUAGCCACUGGUGCAGAGGUUGUGGAUCUACUCGUGGCGAUGUGUCGAGCUGCUCUGGAGUCGCCCCGUAAGAGCAUCAUCUUUGAGCCCUACCCCUCCGUUGUUGAUCCCAAUGACCCUAAGACUCUUGCAUUCAACCCAAAGAAGAAGAAUUAUGAAAGACUCCAGAAAGCCCUCGACAGUGUCAUGUCCAUACGGGAGAUGACCCAGGGGUCAUACCUUGAAAUCAAGAAACAGAUGGACAAGCUGGACCCUUUGGCCCAUCCCCUGUUGCAGUGGAUAAUUUCCAGCAACAGAUCUCAUAUCGUCAAGCUGCCUCUCAGCAGGCAACUUAAAUUCAUGCACACCUCCCACCAGUUCCUGCUGCUCAGCAGCCCCCCAGCUAAGGAAGCUCGUUUCCGCACUGCCAAAAAGCUCUACGGCAGCACCUUUGCCUUCCAUGGUUCUCACAUAGAGAACUGGCACUCUGUUCUGAGAAACGGACUUGUCAAUGCCUCCUACACCAAACUCCAGCUGCAUGGGGCAGCGUAUGGAAAGGGCAUCUAUCUGAGCCCCAUCUCCAGCAUUUCUUUUGGAUAUUCAGGGAUGGGGAAAGGACAGCACCGUAUGCCAACAAAAGAUGAACUAGUGCAGCGUUAUAACCGCAUGAACACCAUCCCACAGAGCCGGCCAAUUCAAUCAAGGUUUCUUCAAAGUCGAAACUUAAACUGCAUCGCUCUUUGUGAAGUUAUUACAUCGAAGGACUUGCAGAAGCAUGGAAACAUAUGGGUGUGUCCGGUGUCCGACCACGUCUGCACUCGCUUCUUUUUUGUAUAUGAGGAUGGCCAGGUAGGAGAUGCCAACAUUAACACCCAAGAGCCUAAAGUGCAAAAGGAGAUAAUGCGUGUGAUUGGGACCCAGAUAUACUCCAGCUGAUGGAGAUCCAGCAGCGGAGGCAUCUAGACAGACUGUCGAAGCGAAUGUUAGCCAACCUCAAAAGUUGAUGCUGGAAGAUGAGGGAGCUCUAACUUAGCACAUCCCUUCCGGCAUGGUUUUGUUUUUGUCUUGACAUUUCUGCGUUUCUCUUCUCCGAUUUGUUACAUAACCUGUUCAGCUCCUUCAGUUUAACCUGAUAAAUCCUGCUUUUCUCAGUUCAUGACAUUUACAGCAUUUACAGGCCGCUGAUGAAGAAAACGCUGGUGCCCCAUGACUCUGUUUGGACCCUGAUAUCGUACAGGAGGCCGGGGCAUUCUUAUCUUUAUAGUUCAUGUCUUUGAUUGACUCUUUGGGAUGUCUUCAUUUCUAUUUCUGAAAACACUUAAAGGCAAAUCAUAUAACAUUAAAAUAUUUGAACCUUUAUUUAUUCUUAUUGUUCUUAUUAGUCUAUUUAACGUGAGAGUUUGUGACAUGAAUGUUUGAGGGGUGAAUGCUUUAUUAUAUUUCACUAAAAGCACUUUUUUUAUUUUAUUUUAAAUUCCUGCUGUUAGUUGUGUUACAGAGUUAUGACAGUUUGGAUUAAAGGUUCACUUUGAAACCUGUACACUACAAAUUGAAUAUUUUUUUAUUAUAUUUAACAAAAUAAGGCAAAUUUUGAGACAAAAGGUCUUGAAAAAGACUUAAUUCCACAAUAUUCUACUAAGAUUUCACUUUUUAUUUCAUAAUCACCCAAAAUUAUGAUGAAAAGUUCUUCGGCUUUUGUCAUUUUUGAAGAUUGAUGGGACAAGAAAGAAUUACAAUGAAAAAUAUUUCCAAUUUUCUGUUUAUAGCAGCCAGAUAUAAAAAAAAAAAAAUAGCAAUUUAAAUAUAAACCAGUAUCCAUAAAGCAGUUUAUCAGAAUGGUUUGAAAAUGAGCAUUACCAUUUUAAUGUAGCUGGAAUGAAUCAACAGAAUCCAGUGUACAGGAAUUCCUGAACUUUUGUUCAGCUCAGAUCCAUCUGGAUAUCACCGAGUUGCAAUCAAGAGCGACUCUCCGGUUUCAUUUGAAACAGCAACCUUGUACAGAUAUCAUGUUUAUCGGUUAUUCAUGUACUGUAUGUGUGUAUGUAUGUAUGUAUGUGUGGCUUUGUAUUUUCUUGACAUAUUAGGCAUUGCACUUAUUCAAUGUGAACUGGAGAAGCUGACCGGCCUCAGAACUUCAGUGGUCAGCGGGGAAAAGACGAGAAAUAUUUCUGGAGUUGAAAAGACUCUGAGAUCCAAAAUCUUAACUCCGUGUACAAAGACAGACUUUCAUUGCCUCCUGGAACUGGAACUCUGACCGUUGGGAGGAUUGAAAUCAAUUUUCAAUGACGGACACUGGAGACCCUAUUGAAAUGUACUGCCAAGAAUAAGACGGACAUGUGACCCAUUCUGUUGCUGGACUCUGCUAAUAACCGACGCCUGAUUCUGCAAAGAGACUCGAACGAGCCAGGCCGCUUUUGGAGAAUCUCCCCUUUUUCUCCGUCUGCUUCUCACGAGGGAUGUUUUAAGGAAAUGAUGUUGACGACAAUGGAGAUGAUUGAUGCUGAUGAUGAAAGGCAGUAAAGUAGGAGAAAAAGAAUAAAGUCUGAUUUUGCACAAUUUUACAAA